AUGCCUACACAGAUGCUGAAUUUGAAAAAGCUACAAGGGUUGAGAUUAGGAGGUAACAAGCUUUCUGGUUCAAUACCUACACAGAUUGGGAAUUUGACUAAUCUAAAUCAUUUAGACCUAAGUUAUAAUGAGUUUACUGGUUCAAUCCCUAUAGAAAUUGGAGAUUUGGAAUGGCUGAAGCUACUUCAUCUUGCACACAACAAUCUAAGAGGUUUAAUAACUGUACAAAUGGAGAAACUUGAUUUGUCUUCCAUAGAUUUGGAUUUGUCCUACAAUGAUUUGGAGGGUCCUGUACCAAAUGAUAUAGCUUUAAAAACUCAACCAGAAUCAUGGAAUAAUAACAAAGUUUACGAAUACAUAGAAAGAGGAAGCUUAGCUUAUUAUGUUCUUGGAAACAAAGAAGAAGCUGUGGAAUUGGAUUGGAGGAAACAUAUAAAAGUCAUCAAAGGGGUCGCUCAUGCUUUACCUUACUUGCAUCAUGAUUGCUCACCACCAUUAAUUCAUCUGGACAUAUCGAGCAACAAUGUCUUGUUGGAUGCAAAUCUUGAACCUCUUGUAGCCGACUUUGGAACUUCAAGAUUUCUAAAUCCUGGUUCAUCCAACCGCACUAUACUUGUAGGCACAUAUGGGUAUAUUGCUCCAGGAACCCAGGAGGUCUUUUGGUUUAAACAAACCAUUGUCUACGAAGAUGGGAUGGCACAAUGUGGUUAUUGUGGGAAGGUUGGACACUAUGUCCAAAACUGCGGGGAGAAGAUAGCGAUGGACGCAGCCAGGACUAAGUAG